GGCAGCGCCGCGGCGGCCCCUGGAGGUGGCGGCGGCGGGCGCGGAGCCCCGGCCGCGCGGGACGGGCCGUCGGGGCUCCAUGCCAUGGAGAAGCUGGCGGCCGGGCUGGCCGGCCUGCGCUGGAGCAUGGGCGCCUUCCCCCUCGACCUCAUCGUCAGCCGCUGCCGCCUGCCCACGCUCGCCUGCCUCGGGCCAGGGGAGUAUGCUGAGGGGGUCAGUGAGCGGGACGUGCUGCUCAUCCACUCCUGCCGCCAGUGGACAACGGUGACAGCCCACGCCCUGGAGGAGGGCCACUACGUCAUCGGGCCCAAGAUCGACAUUCCCCUGCAGUAUCCAGGGAAGUUCAAGCUCCUGGAGCAGGCGCGGGAUGUGCGGGAGCCGGUGAGGUACUUCAGCAGCGUGGAGGAGGUGGCCAGUGUCUUCCCUGACCGCAUCUUUGUGAUGGAAGCCAUCACCUUCAGUGUCAAGGUGGUAUCGGGCGAGUUCAGCGAGGACAGCGAGGUGUACAACUUCACGCUGCACGCGGGCGACGAGCUCACGCUCAUGGGCCAGGCGGAGAUCCUGUGCGCCAAGACCACCAAGGAGCGCUCGCGCUUCACCACGCUGCUGCGCAAGCUGGGCCGCGCCGGGGCGCUGGCCGGGGUGGGCGGCCCCGGGGCGGCGGGCGCCGCGGGCGGCGGCGGCGGAGGCGGCGGCGCCAGGCCCAUCAAAGGCAAGAUGCCCUGCCUCAUCUGCAUGAACCAUCGCACCAACGAGAGCCUGAGCUUGCCCUUCCAGUGCCAGGGCCGCUUCAGCACGCGCAGCCCGCUGGAGCUGCAGAUGCAGGAGGGCGAGCACACGGUGCGCGCCAUCAUCGAGCGCGUGCGGCUGCCGGUGAACGUGCUGGUGCCCAGCCGGCCGCCGCGCAACCCCUACGACCUGCACCCGGUGCGCGAGGGCCACUGCUACAAGCUGGUGAGCAUCAUCUCCAAGACGGUGGUGCUGGGGCUGGCGCUGCGCCGCGAGGGCCCCGCGCCGCUGCACUUCCUGCUGCUCACCGACACGCCGCGCUUCGCGCUGCCGCAGGGGCUGCUGGCCGGCGACCCGCGCGUCGAGCGCCUGGUGCGCGACAGCGCCUCCUACUGUCGCGAGCGCUUCGACCCCGACGAGUACUCCACGGCCGUGCGCGAGGCGCCCGCCGAGCUCGCCGACGACUGCGCCAGCCCGCGCCGCGCGCGCCUCUGCCUGCCCGCGCCGCGCGCCCCCGCGCUCGCCCCCGCGCUCGCCCGCGCGCCCGGCCCGCUCGGGCUGCUCCUGCCCGCGCCCGCCGGCGACGGCGACCAGGAGUACGUGAGCCCCGACUGGGCCGGGGCGCCCGCCGAGCCCCCUGCGCCGCCCGCCGAGAUCCCCUACGAGGAGCUGUGGGCGCACCAGGCCCCCGAGAGCCUCUCCGAGGGCCGCGGCCGGCAGCCGCCUGGGCCCGAUCUCAUCUCCUUCGGGGCCGCGGGGCCACAGCGUCGGGACUCGGAAGCGCCGCCCGUGCCCCCCAAAUCCGAGGCGGUGAAGGAGGAGUGCCGCCUGCUCAACGCCCCCCCUGUGCCGCCCCGGGGUGGCAGUGGUGGUGGCAGGCUGUCUGGCAGUCCCCCGGUGCCACCCCGCUUCCCGAAGCUCCAGCCUGUCCACUCGCCCACCUCCAGCCUCUCCUACUACUCCUCCGGCCUCCAGGACGGGGCGGGCUCCCGCAGUGGCAGCGGCUCCCCCUCCCCGGACGCCUACUCCCUCUACUGUUACCCCUGCACCUGGGGAGACUGCAAGGCCGCAGACGCCUCUAGCCGCCCGCCUGCAGGACCGCUGCCCUCCACGACCACGCAGCCCAGCCAGGCCUCCCGCGCCCUCACAGAGCCCCUGAGCAGUCGGGGGGCUUCCUUCUUGGGGACUGACACUACAGUCAAGACCUACCAUGGCUGCCCACCCCUGUUCAAGCCCUCCCAUCCCCAGAAACGCUUUGUGCCUUUCGGCGCUCUCAAUCCCUUCUCUGGGGCCCCGUACCCCCCUGGCCCUCCAGCAGCCCCCUCUGGGCCCACGCCCACCUCUGGCGCCCUGGCUACCUCCAGCCCUGCCCAUUCCCCGGGUCCCGCCUCCCAGGGCCCGGUCUACUCAGCGGCUCCGGCCUCAUCCCCCUCGUCCUCCGAGUGGCAGGAGCCAGCGCUGGAGCCCUUGGACCCCUUUGAGCUGGGACAGGCCAGUUCUGAGCCCGAGCUGCUCUGCUGUCAGGAGCCCAGAGCUGUGGGGGUGCCCGGACCCCGUCUUUCACCACUUGGUCCCCCCAAGGUGUUUGAGCCUGAAGGUUUGGUGCUGAGGCGGGCUCCUACGCCACUGUCGCCAGCCACCCUGCAGGGGUCUGAGGCAGGAGGGGCCAGAGUCUUUCUCACCCAAGGGCCUCCUGCCAGUCCUCGGGAAGGAGCCGGCUCCGGAGGCAGGGAGAGCUCAUGGCAGCCCCCUGCCGACCUGUCUGCACUUUCCCUGGAAGAAGUCUCUCGAAGUCUGCGCUUCAUCGGGCUCUCAGAGGAUGUGGUGAGCUUCUUUGCCCGGGAGCGGAUCGAUGGGAGCAUCUUUGUGCAGCUCAGUGAGGACAUCCUGGCCGAUGACUUCCGCCUCACCAAGCUGCAGGUCAAGAAGAUCAUGCAGUUCAUCAAAGGCUGGCGGCCCAAGAUCUGAGUUGCAGCCCACAGCUCCCCCCCCCCCCCCCCCCCCGCACGGCCCCGGGGCCGGCACUCCCAG